AAGAAGGUAAAUAACGUGAAGAAGAGUGGGGCGGGAAACGUGCAUAUCUGCACCGGGAGAUUCGAGAGUAGCUGUAGAAACCCCGUGUCUCAAUUGAUGUGAAGAUUCACACCGUGGCAAAAGGAGUACGUGAUUUAUUUCGUCGUGUCAUGAGGCUUCCAGUCCUCUGCUUUCAGAGAGUCAUCGGCUGAUGCCUCGAAUGAUCUCCCCUUGCAGAUGGAGGCCAUGGAGAUCGACUCACCCGACGGGGUGCAAGAGGGUGGUGGGGGUUUCCCUGAGCCUCAAUCUGCAGCAGAAGUUCAGCAUGCAGCUGUCCCUGUUGUGAUCUCAGAUGGCAGCAGCACAGAGGUAGAGGAGGAUGAAGAGGACAGUCGUGGUGCUCAAGCUGGAACUCAUGUACAGUCCCGCCUUCCUGCCACUUGGGCCUUUAGUCAAAGAGCAAUCGGAGGGAGCAAUGCCACCUCGCAGCCAGCGGCACCGAUACGUAGGAGAGUCAGACAGGGCCUUAGGGUACACUACCCCAGCCAAACAGCAGCACCCUCAAGAGGUUUCCCUGACUUCCUCCUGCGAGCGCCAGCUGCCAGCGUCGCCCAACCCGAGUCAGGGAGCACCACAGAGGUCAGUGACUCUGACGACUCGGAGCAGGAACAGGCAAGAGGUACAGAUGUCGCUGAUGGGGAAUCUGCUCAACCUGCUGCGUUGGCCAACCCAUCACUCAGUACCACCAGUGACGUUCCUCAAGCACAGGAAACUAUUACAUACGAAUCCACUUCAGCUGCUGUCGAAGGUCAAACAGAAGUACAAGAGGUUGCGUCUGACAAGUCAGUCCCUGGACCCUCAUCAUCAGUGGUAGCUUCGCAGAGAGAGGAAGGGGAGGGCGAAGUCUGCAGCAUCUGCUUCGAAGUAUGGACAAGUGCUGGGGAACACCGUUUAUCUGCUCUGCGAUGUGGACACCUUUUUGGCCACACCUGUAUCCAGCGUUGGCUAAAAGCUCAGGGCUCAUCGGCAAAAUGUCCUCAGUGCAACAAGAAAGCAAAACGAUCAGAUAUCGUGCUCCUGUAUGCUCCUAAGCUGAGAGCAGUGGACAACACCGAGCAGGAGAGUCUCAAGAAGACACUGGAGCAGGAGCAGUCUCUGCGGCGGAAAGCUGAACUGGAGUCAGCGCAGUAUAAACUGAAACUGCAGGUGAUUUCAAGCCAAUAUGGACAAGCACAGCAAGAGUUGGAGGUGCUGCGCAGUCUGAUAGGCAGCCGCAACUCAGAAGCCUCGCCCUCCUCUUCCUCAGCAUCGUCAGGCCUGAGUUUAUCUCAGAGGCGGGACGGUGCCAAAGCGGCACAGUACAGCUUCUCGAAGGCGUUGCUGGUGUCUCAGGCAGGAGGCUGCCGAGUACUGUCGUACUGUGAACCACUCAGCUGCCUGCUGGCCUCGCAGCCAUCUCCACAUUCCACCCUUGUGCCUGGCUGUGGAGUGAAGAAGGUGAGUGUGGUGAACAUGAAGGCCAGUCAGUAUGUUCCCAUCCACACCAAACAGAUCCGAGGCUUGUCCUUCAACAGGCAGAACGAUAGUCUGCUCCUCUCUGCAGCUCUGGACAACACCAUCAAACUCACUAGUCUGCUCACCAACACGGUGGUUCAGACCUACAAUACUGGAAAGCCAGUGUGGAGCUGCUGCUGGUGUCUGGACAACACUAACUACAUCUACGCUGGUCUUAGCAACGGCUCUGUGCUUGUCUAUGACACCAGAGACACCAGCACACAUGUGCAAGAGCUGCAACCUCUGCGCUCCAGCUGUCCUGUCGCAUCUCUCUGUUACAUCCCGAGAGCGGCGUCGAGCUCAUUUCCCUGUGGUGGCCUUAUUGCGGGCUCCCUGGAAGGAGGUUGUUUCUGGGAACAAGUCAGCGAGAGUGUGUACAGGCCACACAUGCUGCCACUGGAGAACUCGGGCUGCACUGACAUUCAGGUGGAGGCGGAGAGUCGACACUGUCUAGUCACAUACAGACCAGGUCGUUCCAAUCCCUCUCUACGCUGCAUACUGAUGGCUUUAAAUCGUUCGCCGCAACAAGACUCCAGUCAGCUUCCAAGCUGUUCAUCUACACCAGUCCAGACGUUUAACGGCGGCUCUUCCUGCACAUUGCUAACUAAGAACGCAGUCUUCAAGAGUCCAGAUGGAGAUAGGAUGCUGGUCUGUGCUGGAGAUGAGGCAUCCAGCUCUACUUUGGUGUGGGAUGCCGGUAAUGGCGCAUUACUUCAGAAGCUUCCGGCUGACCGUCCUGUUCUGGACAUCAGUCCCUUCUCGGUGAAUGGGGAGCACUUCUUGGCCUCCCUGACGGAAAAAAUGCUGAAGCUCUACAAGUGGGAGUGACAGACAUUGGGACAUUUGGAAGACUGGGGAGAAGCGGAAGUUAAAAUGCUGCUAUUUGAAUUUUUUGUUUAACGCCCUUCUUUCAUGAUGGUUGUCACAUCAACCUCUACUGCCAUGAAAGAAAUUGAACAUUUUCCUGUUAUUUAAAAUAUUAGUCUAUCUCAAUCCAUGUCUGCCAUUCUCAGUGCAUUUGUAUUCGGUAUGGGAAACCAAAGCCUUUAACAGAAGCCUUUAUUGAUGACAAAUAACUGAAACUGUGAGAUAAAUGAUCUAUGAACAUCUUUAGUCCGCGGAAAAUGAAUAUAUCAUGCACGUCUGCGAUUCCCUGGCUUUCAGGAUCAUUGAUCACAUGCAAUUUCACUGAUCAUCUUUUUGACACUCCAAGCCCAAACAUGAUCCCGCACUUUGCAGUAGCACCACUGAGUCUGUCUGAGUCUUGGAAAAUGCAAAUAGACUUCAACUGUUGGAACAAAAAACAAGCCAAACAGUCACCCUCACCCUUUACAAACACAUUUUCAUUUCAGAAAUUUUCACUUCAGAUACCAAAUAUCAAGUACCAGAAGAUAUAACUUUUGUAAAUGUAAAUAUGUACAUGUUUUUCUAAAAUGUCUUUGUAUGCCUCAAAGUAAAU